UGAAAGGAGCUCCUCCGAUAUUAUCGAAGAGUAGUAGCUCCUGCUUCCGUUGAUCUCUCAGAAACUACAAAAAUUCCCGUCUAUUCCUCUUUCCUUCAAAUUCCCCCCUUUUCUCUUCGAAAAUUUCUCAAAUUAUCAAAGAAUAAGGGCGAAGAAUCAUCAUCAUGGCGGUGGUUCUCUCGAAUUCCUUAAUCUCUGCUGCCGAUCUCCAGCUCCGGCCCAUUUAUGGUUGCCCCUUGAAGCCAUUAAAACAGCAGGCUCUUGUAACUAUCGGCUCAAGUAACUUGUCAUCGCUGCGAAUAAUUCACCCGAAAAGAUUCACUGAGAACCACAAGAGAGGGCUUUCAGUUCGAGCUAGCUUCAGUGAUGGCAGAAGGCCAAACAACACCAAUAUCUUCAUUGGGGGAGUCGUCUUGGGAGGAUUAAUAGUGGGGGCACUUGGUUGGCUUUAUGCACCUCAGAUCACUAGAGCAUUGGCUGGGACUGAUAAGAAGGAUUUGAUGAGGAAGCUGCCGAAAUUUAUAUAUGAUGAGGAAAAAGCUUUGGAGAGAACCCGCAAGAUACUGACGGAGAAAAUCGCACAACUCAACUCUGCCAUCGAUGAUGUCUCGUCUCAGCUUAGAGCUGAGGAUGAUCCGAAUGGUGCAGCAGUAGCAUCUGAUGAAGUUGAAGCUGCAACUUGAGCUCUCUUUUGUUGAAAAUAAGUUUUGGAACUUUAUUUGUUGAACUAAUGUUUUUACAGAAGCAAGUAUAUUGUUAGAGAUUUUCAUAGUGAACUUAUAGAUAUUUGUCAUCACUGUUUGUACUUUUGAAAUUUCUGCUCUGUAAGGGUUGCCAACAUCUGUUAUAGAAUGUGACGACGAGGAUGACGACGACGACAACAACAGCAGCAGCAAAGCCAUUAUCCAAUUUGUUAUAGAAUGUGACGGUGCAAUGAAUAUUGAUAUCCUUCAACUUUCGAAUCCAGUCUUGUUGCAUUUGUUGA